GGACCGGAUUUAAGAAAAUGAGAAUACUACUGGGAUUGGUCGGGCGGGGAAGGUUAUCAUUAUUUUGUUUGAGUGAUUCAUUAUUAUGUAAUUUUAUACCAUUUUGCUAAGUUUUUAUCACUGUGACUAAGUGGAAAGAAGCGCCGCAAUGUUUAAGUUCUACAAACAAUGUCAGUGAUUUGGACAGACCGUGUUUUGUGCAUUUUUGUAUCAAAAAAGUAUAGUUGUGUGUUAUAAGAUUGGAAAUAAGUUCCAACAUAAUGCCGUUCGAUUUUCUGUGCUGUGUGAGACCUGGCGUCGAAGAUGUUGUGGAGUUGGACUAUUCGCACCAGUCCUUAGUUGACUUCCCCACUGAAGUGUUCGUGUAUGAAAGGACGCUUGAAACUCUCUACUGCCAGAGUAAUCGUGUGACGGAACUCCCGCGCCAACUGUUUAUGUGCCAUGGAUUAAAAUACUUGGAUCUUAGUGAUAAUGAAGUGUCAACUAUACCAGCAGCCAUAUCUUCGUUAGUAAAUCUUCAACACUUAAAUAUUAGUAGGAAUACAUUAACAUCAAUACCAGAAAACAUGAAAGCACUAAAGUAUUUAGCUUUCCUAGACCUUAGUGUUAAUCCCUUGGAGAAACUACCAGAUGCUAUUACAAACCUGACUGCAUUACAAGAACUGUACCUAAAUGAUACAUACCUGGAGUAUCUUCCAGGCAAUUUUGGACGUCUAGCGAAUUUAAGAAUACUGGAACUAAGAGACAAUUAUUUAAUGAUUUUACCAAAGUCACUGUCUCGAUCAACCGAAUUACAGAGAUUAGAUAUAGGACAGAAUGAUUUUCAACAAUUUCCUGAAGUAAUUGGAAGAUUUGUCAAGUUAAGAGAGUUAUGGAUUGAUAACAAUAAUUUGACAUGCAUUACAUCUGUUAUAAAACCAUUAGAAAAUUUGAUACAUUUGGAAGCCAGUAAUAAUAUGAUUGAAGAACUGGCGCCUGAAAUUGGAUAUUGCACACAAUUAGUGGAUAUAACUUUAUCAUUAAAUAUCUUAACACAGUUGCCAGACAGCAUUGGACAGCUUUGCAACUUAGCCACAUUGAAACUAGAUAAUAACAGAUUAUAUUCAAUACCAGAGAGCAUAGGACAACUAGCUAAUCUUGAAGAGUUAAUGCUCAUGUGCAACUACUUAGAUAAAAUACCGUCUUCUAUUGGACUUCUAAGGAAAUUGAAAUACCUGAACAUUGAUGAUAAUAUGUUGACCGCAAUACCUCCAGAGAUAGGGAGUUGUACCAAAUUGUCCGUGCUAUCCUUACGAUCAAAUAAAUUGACUAGAGUCCCUCCAGAAGUUGGUCACCUGACUUCAUUACGAGUGUUAAACUUAGUAAGGAAUUCACUAAGUUGUCUUCCUCAGUCCUUGUUGAAUUGUGAUAAUUUAGUAGCCCUCUGGCUAUCAGAAAACCAAAGCAAACCUUUAGUGCCUAUGCAUUCUGAAGUAGAUCCUCAGACAUAUGAACAAGUCCUCACUUGUUUCCUCUUUCCCCAAGUGCCUUUAACUCCUAUUGAAAUGAAAUUGGAAAAUGAUAAAUCUGAAAAUGUUGAAGCCAACUCUUCAGCCCGUCAUAUCAGUUUUGUUGACAUGAAAGCAGCUCCUAAAGUGACAGAAAAGCCAGGUCAGCUUAAGCGAGCUCCAACACCUUAUCCAAAAGAAUUAAGAGCAUUAGCAAAGCAUGCUAGAAAUAUACACAAAGAUGGUACUCAAGAUGUUACUCCGCCUAUGCAAAAUGCAGUACAUAUUAAAGCUGCUAAAAUAACACCUACAUUACAACAAAGGUUCGCAUCAGACAACAAAUUAGAAAUAGAAAACACAGGAAAAGGUAAUUCAGGCAAUACAAACAAAGAUCCGCUUAUGAAAACAUCCGUUUAUGAUAAUCUUACUGCUGAGAAUGCUUAUGAUAAACCACUGGAUCUUUCAUAUGAACAAGAUAAAAGUUACAAAAGUGUAGAUCAUGCUUUGUAUCCUGAAAAUACUGGGAAUCCUGGUGGUGACUUUAAAUCAGAAAAUGGUGAUAAUUACCUUUUACCUCAGAGACAAUAUAGCUCCAAACAGACUGAUAAAUACAGUUCUAGACAAGACAUGGAUAGAGCAAAUGUACCUUUACCCCAAAAUGUAUACCGUGGCCAUAUAGAACAUAAAAAUUAUCCAUUACCAAAUGAUGUUAAUUACAGAGUUGGGGUUGAUGAGUCGCAUAAUCGAUUACAGAGGCUGAGCCUUAGUUCACAAGAUAGGCAACCUGUCAAUGAAGCUAUUCUAUCGCCACAUUUUAGUGAAACUGCAUACAACACUAGACCAAUCAUGGAAAAUAUAUCUCCUUAUGAUCCACUAUAUGCUAGGAAAGAUCACAUAUGCCAUUCAGUGUCAGAGAAUAAUUAUCAUGAAAGUAUAUAUGAUAGCGACAAUUGUGCGCGUGCCAAAGAUAAAAUUUAUGGGCAGCGGAAUUAUGAUGCCUAUAAUUACCACUCUCAUGGGAAUCGUGAUUUGCCAAGUCCUAGGUUACAUACUGUUAGUCAAGUAGUUAGUUCAACUACUAUGCCAAAUUUAAGCAGUUACGGUAACGUAUAUCCAGGUGCUGUAGUAGGUCAUGAAUACUCUACAGCCCUUCAUCAACCACAGCCCCAAAACGCCAAUAUUUAUGGUAUACCGGCAAGUCCUACUUACGUAUCCACGCAGUCCCCAGAAUUAUACUCUCCGACGGGGCAUACUAACUCAACUAAUCCAUAUCGAAUGGCUACUACACCUUUGAUAUCUGAUGAUGGAAGUUACAGUCACGUUCAUUCACCGACUAGCCAAAAUAUGUAUGAUUUAUAUGAUUCCAUUCCGGCUUCAUCUAAUCCUCCGAGUGUGGUUAACCACCGACAUAGUCCUAGCAUUUCUGAGCCAGUUUACGGUCGAGGUCAACCUCCGCCUUAUCACAUUGCAGCUCCGUACACGAAACACGCACAGUAUUUCAAUGGCACGGGUGGAUAGUGGUGUCUGCAACCGGGAAAGCCGCGAACUUUCCUGAGAAUGCACUCCUGUGAACGUUAUUAAAGUUAGUUCCAAAUAUUUGGUGAUUUAAUACCUGUUUUGUAACAUUGGUUUUGUUCUCUGCAUGUGCAAUUUAAAUGUGAUAUAAUUGUGUAAAAUGAAAAUAUUGUUGUAGUAGAAACUAAUAUUAAGGUGCUAAGGGACGAAACAUAUUUGUUGUUGGAAAAUUAUCAAAUGAAUAUAAUAUUAAAAAAGUUGAAUUUAUUCAAAUAAUAAAUUAAAAAUAAUUACGGUUUUAAUUUAAUGUAGCGCGUAUUUAGGAAGUGGUAGGUACUGAUUAAGUACGAAUGUAACAACUGUGUUGUUUAAAAAAUCGAUUGUAAUUAAGUAUUAAAUUCUGUCUGUUUAGCUGUAAUUAUAAACUCGAAUUUUUAUUAUAAAAUAAUCUGAUUGUAACAUACCAGUUUUAUAUUUUUUUUAGGAAAUGAAAGAAGUGAGAAUGUGUGUAUUUGUGGUAUUAUCUGGAGUGGCAAGGUGCUGUGCCCUAAACUAUGUACAAAGGGCCUAGUUUCCGGGUAAGCUACAGCUAAAUGUUGUAUCAUACCUAUUAUUUUAAUGACGAUAUUGUUUUGUAAUGAAUGUCUAUGAUAUAUAUUUUUGUAAUUUUGUGAUAUUUAUGAAUUUAUCGCAUAAUAUAAUGUUUUUUCUUACAUUAGUUAAGUCGUGUCAAUGUAAUAAGUAUUUGUAUGUAUCAACAAAGAUCCAUAUUUUUUAUGUUUUUAAUUGAAAUCAUCGUGCUACAUAUCAAUUAAAUAUUUAACCGUUAGCUUGUUUCUCCGUAACUUGUUAAUUACUCAAUCAUGCCCCUCGUUUACAACAGGGCUGGCAAGUCGAGUAUUUAUUUGUAUUAAAAAUAUCUCUAUUUCCUAUUUAAUACUUUCGGCUUUCAUUAUUUCUCUUAUAUAUUUAAAAAGUCGUAAAAACAUAAUGCCCGAUACAUUUUAGUUUAACCGGCCACAAUAAAAAUAACCGUUUUAUUCAUUUCGAUUUGCUAUGCGAAUUUUGCAUGACGAUGAUGGAACUAUGGAAGUUUUGUUAUUCAGUACAAUAGAUUUAAAAGUUUUGUACAAUAUUACCCAUAUAUUUACCUUCCGUAUCAUGCUAUAAAACCGCGCAUUUUUUAUAUACGAGUACAAUAAAUUAAUUUACUUGGUUCAAAAAUGAACUUACAUUUUUUAUGCUUUUUAUGAUUAUUCAUUAUGCCUUUACAAGUUUACUCUUCAAAUGUUGGGGUAUUUACCUUUACAAUGAGUACGUUUACAAAUACUACACAUCACACCUCGACCAGGAACAACAAUUUAUAGAUCACGCAAGGAAUUGUUCCGUGCGGGAAUCAAACACGCGACACGUACAGUCAUAUUUCAAUUUAUAGAUCACUCUUGAUCACAUCGUCUCAUUUUGUCUACUCUUAACGCCUGUGAUAAAAUUCUUAACAGCAGCUUUUUUUACACUUCGAUUGUCACUAUUCUAUCGUCAGUUUUGCCCCUCCGUCCAUUGCUUAUUUUUCGUCGCUUUUAUGACGCCUAUUUUUUUAAUUUUUUUUACAAUCUGCUGAUGCACAGCUCAGUUCUUUUUGCAGUAAAUGCACAACUUAUGAUUUAGAUAUUUAUAAUGCCUUGAUCGUUGUUUCUAUAUAUUUUUAAUAAUAUUUACCUAUCUUAAAAAUAUGUGGGCUUAUACAAAUACGUAUCUAGUAUAUUCUGACUGACUGUAAAUGUAUUUUUAUUCAAUUUUUUCUAUCUACGACUGUACUAAUGUUUGUAUUUGAGUGAGACUCCUAAAAUGGUUUAAUCACACCUCAGGUUACAUAGGCUGAAUAAAAGGUCCAGUUUUCCAUUUUUGAAAUGUCUAACGGUGAUCCUACACUGCUAUAAAAAUGUUUACUCACAUUACAUGUUUACGUAAGAAAAUAAAUCACAAUAUUAUCUAAUAAUUUAAGCUAAAGAAACGUAUGAUGUUUGUGAUCAUUUUUAACAGCAAUAUGGAAGCACCCGAAAAUUACCGUUGCGGACUGAAAGACCUGAUCUGGAUCAGGGACGUAAAUACUUUUUUAAUGUUAAAUUAUGUAACAGAUCAUACGAAUUUUGAAGUAAGCAAAGGCUUGUUGUUACUUUAAAUUCGAUUUUGCACAAAACAGAUGUCGCUUUGUUCGUUUAAUAUCUAAACGCGUACCAAUGUUGUAUAUGCUACUAGUUUCGAAAUAAUUAAUGUUUGCUUGAUUUCGCUGCUUAGUGCAAACUGUUUAGGGUUAAACAACUUAAACAUGAAAUAUUUUUUGUAUCUUUUUAAUAUUUUGUAACUAUACAUAAAUGUUCAGUACCUGUAUAAAUAAAUGAAUAUUAAUUUGGUGUAAUGCUCUCUACUACUAGCCUAUAGAUAGUAUUUGUUGGUAUGACUGUUAAGAGCGAUAGAAAUAAUAAGAAUAAUUAGAGAAAAAUUACAAGCAUUUGUUAUAUCAGUGACAUUCAUGAAUCUGUACUACUCCGCCAUCUUAGAUGUGUUGAGUAUUACCUAGAGCAAACAGUAGGAUCUUAGUCAAACCUUUUUAUAAGUACUUUUGCCGAAUAAACUAGAUAAUUAUGUACAUACAAGUUACAAAAUUGUUAGAUAAGAUAUAAAUAAGUUCGCAGAAAAGUAAAUUUGUUGAAUGAUUGUGUAACUAAGUACCUAGGUAUCAACCUAAUUUGUGAGUAGGAUACGUAGUUCAGUGUUUUCAUCCAUUAAAACAUUGCACAUUUAAAAUUUAUAAUAAUUACACUUGUGUCAUAUUUUUGUUGAAUUAAAAUACUACAAAUGUUGUACGUUAAAAUAAAUGUAUGUAUUUAUAUAUACCUACUAUUAGACUUGUAUCGAAUUUCCAGUUACGUUUUUCUACGUAUAUAAUUAUUCUAAGAUGAUUCAUGAUGCUGAUGAAGGUCCUCGGAUCUUAUGUUGUAAUGAGAUAAAUACUUUUUUAUAAACCGAGCCAAUGUCAUGAAUAUAAUUUAUUUUUUAAUAUUUAUUUACAUAUACGAGUACAGAGUAUACUGCCAGCUCUUUAUAAUUAUACCUAUUAAAUUCUAAACGAGGAAAAUAAUAUUUUAUAAAGAAAUGAAA